GAAUAAACAGGAAGCAAGACUUAGUUUUUAAAGUUCUUGUUUAUAUUUGAAUAAUGACAAAUAAACCUUAUAGUAUUAUGCCCAAAUGUUAUACUGACGUGUUGCCAGUUCAAUAACCCAAUUUUGAAUGCAAAAAGAAUCAAACAAGGUGAUGUAGUUGGAAAUAAAGUUGCCAUUUUAAGAUGGCUGGACGUGGCACUGUAUACUCUGAGCCCAAGCCAGGACAGGUUCAAGGCUUACUGAAAAAGUUUGAAAGCAAUGAGGACUUGAGGAACAUUUCAAAGGAGGCCAGCCCUUUGAAAACAUCAGAGGGAGUUGUUUCUGGAAGGAAUUAUUUGAAGUCUCAUCUUGAACCUGCAACAUCAAUGGAGAAUAGGAUUUCAAGGUUUACUCAGGGUGCAAAUCAGGGUGAAGGUGAAAAGAGAGUAUCCAUAUCUCCUACAAGACCAGCUUUCCAAGGUGUACAUUCCAAAGGAUCAUCAAGUGGACACAGCAGGCAGUCACAUUUAUCAGGAACAGAAUUAAACAGUCCAGGCUAUCCAAACAAACCAGCACAUGCAGGUCAAAUUAGGACUAAAACUGAGCCAAGCCAUCAAGUAAAAUCACCAAUGUAUCCAAAUGCAGCUAACAAAGACCCUGUCAGUGUACAUGGAAGAGAUAAGCCUGAUGGUGAAAUAACACAAAGGCUGCAUACACAAUCAGAUACAAAGCAAGAUGAUACUCACAGUGGAAAUAAAAAAGUAUCAAACCUUAAAGCAAGAUUAUCUGACCUUGCAGUAAUGUAUAGUGCAACAGACAAAAGUCGCCAUACCGACAGUGAUGUAAAUAAAAAUAAAAAAGAUGGAAAUGAACACUCAACAAAACCAGAUGUUGCCAAACAACAUGAUCUAAACCAUGAUACAGAUAACAUGACAAGUGUUAAGUGGAGGAUAUCUAAACUAACUGAAAGAAAAGACAAUGUUCGGCCACUAUCUUCUAGACCUCCUUUCAAUAGAAAUCCAAGCAAGGAGAACUUUGAAGUUCCAAAAAGUCCUGUGAAAAGUAUAUCUCCCGCUCGUAAAGUAAACCCAUCUCCAUCAUACUUAUCUAAGGCUGACUCUGACGCAGAACCCAUAUAUAAAAAUCAUGCAGUUUUGAGGAGAUUGAAAAAAUUUGAGGAUGGAGCUUUGGCUACUGAUAUUUCUAAAAGGGCAAGUCUUAAGUCAUCCCCUUAUACAGACUUGGGGUAUGGAUCAACUGAAGAUGAUAAACAUAAACCUUUCAGUGUCCCAUCUGGAAGUAAGGCACCAUUAAAGCCUACAAAACCUGUUAUUCCAAAAUUUGAGUCUAGUCCCAUUUCUCCAAAUUCACAAACUAAACCUCUGGAGCAGAGGGAAAGACUUGCAGGAGAGGAAUCCCACAGUGGAAAUGUUGAUAAUUUAACCAAACAGUGGCAGGAUAAAAUGCCUUCCACAUCAGAAGAUGAACAUAAUAACAAUACUCAGGGUAAUCAAAGUGAAUCAGAAGACAAUGUUUAUAAUAAAACAAACAGUGAAGUUGAAUCAACUGAUGUCAAAUGUCCAGGAAACAUAUCACGCAGGCCGAGAUAUGUGCGUAAUAAACCCCCAAAGUUACCUCAGAUGCCCAUUGCCAAACCUAAAGUGCAAAAUGAAUCAACACUGCCAACUACUGAAAAUGUAGCAAAUAAGGUAGCAACAUUAGUAGGGAAUAUACCAAGGGUUAAAAAGUCACAGACUGUUCGUCCAAAUUCUAUGAUUCUCCCAGGAGAAUAUGUACAUCGUUCUUCAACAUUUUAUACUACACUUGAUUCAGAGCUACGUGAGAAUAAAACUGUUCUAAAGAAGGAAUUGAACAAAGUACUUUUAAGUGGUGGUCAGUCAAACACACACAAUGAGCGACCACCAAGGCCACCCCCAUAUGAAGGUGUGGUAAAGCAACCACCCCCUUAUGAUGGCGUUGUUCUACUUCCAGGUUCUCCCCUGGAGGAGUAUAAACCUAAAGGUCCCUCAAAGCCACCAAGGACAUUCCAACAUAAUUCUCCACCAAAAUCUGAAAACCAGCAGAACUAUUCCCCCGAUCACCUAGGCCAGAGACCAUUCUCCCGUGAGUUUAUGGGCAAGUGUAUCACACUUCGUCCAGCCCCAUCUCCAAGCACACAUGCAUAUGAACCAGUUUCCUUACAGGCUAAAAAGGCACAACUCCCUAAAGAUGCAUUUAUUCGCCAAAAGAAACAAAAAAUUACAAAUCCAAAUUAUGGAACAGAGCAGGCCUUGUUGAGAAUAAGUAAUUGCAACGUUGGGCUUCAGAGGGGAGGAUUUCGUGACCAUGGUAAGAACAGUAGAGGUAUGGUUCGAAGCAGCAGUGACGAGUGCCUAUAUGCAGACCCAGUUGAUGUUAGGUCGACAAAGAACAAAAAAGCUGAUCUAUGGAUAACAGAAAGUGGUCAGGGUCAGCUUGUAGGACCUCCUGUACUGGUAGAUGAAGGAGGUUAUGCCAUCCCAGAUCACCAUGAGAGAAUUCACAUUGCCAAAUCACUGGAUGAAAAGAAUCCAGCACUGUCCCAUUCACAUCAGCGCUCCCUCUCCUUAUAUGGUAAUGACCGCAGGAGAGGUGCAGUGCCAUUCGUCAAGAUGAACUCUGACAUUGAUAUGAUGAGACAACCCUCUAUCUCACCCCAGGCUGGUUUACAAAGAAAGGUUCGCUUGAAAAUCCGUAGAGCUUAUUCUGUGUUGCGUAAAAACCUUAGUCAGUCACCCUCAGUAGCGGAAGCUGGAGCCACUGGUGGGAGCAGAGGGGACGAAGUUGAUUUUACUGAACACAAAGAUACACAGUCAGAUGGCAGUGAGAGUUUGGUUGAUGCAGAGGAACAGAGGCGUCGCUUAAAACAUGUUGCUAGUAUCAGAGAAAAAACAUAUGCUACUUUGGACAAAGUGAGAGAAUUUCGGGAGUCCAAUUAUCCUCAAUUCUUUGAGUAUGCAUUAGAGGUGGGAUUACAAGCUAAACCUGGCACCAAUAAGUAUGAGCCAUACAUAAAGCAGCAGUUCCCUGAUAAUGUGAAGGUGAAUAACACAUCAAUUCCUCAGUUCUGCUUCCCUGAUGCAGAUACCUGGCAGCCUGUCACAUACUAUGAGAGUGAAACAUUCUCAUUUGUGCUGACAGACAUUGAUGGAUCACGACAAUAUGGAUAUUGCCGCAGAAUGCUUCCUCCAGAUAGGAAGGCCAGGUUGCCUGAGGUCUAUUGUAUCAUCACUCCACUGGGAGCAUUUGCACUUUACCAGCAGGUGCUCAAUGAAAUAGAGAUGCUGAGAUAUGAAUCACUGACACGUGCUCACAACUUUGUGAAUAAUGUCUACAGCCGUCCUCUACCCAGUCCUGGCAAAACCAUCACAGUCCACUGCAAAGAUGACUUUGGCAAUUUUGAACGAAAGGUCUUCAAGCGUCCAGCAGAUUCAAGGCUAGAACAUGUGAAUUAUGAGUUUCUCUUUACCAUAUUGGGCAUUGACAACACGCUAAUGGUGUUUGCAUCAAUACUGCUCGAACGUAGGAUUCUCUUCACUGCUGGCAAGCUUAGCAUACUGUCACCCUGUAUCCAUGCGAUGACAUCAUUGUUGUAUCCAUUCACAUGGCAGCACACAUUCAUUCCGGUCCUGCCUUCAGCCCUGAUUGACAUUGUUUGCUCUCCAACCCCUUACAUCAUUGGAGUCCUGUCAGACUGCGUGCCCCAACUAGAGGGUUUGCCAAUGGAUGAGGUGCUCAUAGUCAACUUAGAUGGUGGCCGACUGACUGAAGAACUUGGUGAUGAGGGAACCAUUAUACCACAGAAACUACAAAAAGCAAUCAAAACAGCAUUAAAGAUGUGCAUGGAAGAUGAAGAAAGUCCAGGCUCAAAGAACCUGAUGAUAUCUGAAGCCUUCCUCAGGUUGUUUGUUGAGACCACAGGCCAUUAUAAAUACCAUAUCAGUAUACAACAGGACAACCAGCACCACUUCCAGAAAGAACAAUUCAUCAGAGCCCUGUCAUCAAAAAGUCUGCGUAUGUUCCUUGAGUGGUUCACUGAGACUCAGAUGUUUGAGAUGUUUGUGACAGAACAGCUGGAAGGCAGGGAUUCUGAUAUAGGACUGUUUGAGGCCUGUAUUAUGGAAUUUGAGGAAGAGAGGGAAUUGUUAUCCUUCAAGCAAAACAUGAGGGAGUUUGGCAAAAAAAUGAAGAAUAUUUUUGGUGGAAAACUUUUUAAGAAUAAGAAGGAUGAAUCUGUAGCCUGAGAUGAAACUAUUUCCAUAGCUGACACUGAAGUAGAACUAUUUCCAGAGUCUGACACUGAAAUAGAACUAUUUCCAAAGCCUGACACUGAAGUAAAACUAUUUCCAAAGCC